AUGCCUGUUGAAUACUGGGCCAAGUUUGACCACAUGGAAAUGACCAUCUUGCAGGCCGUGGAGGCACUUUAUGCCCUUGUGGAUGAAAGUGACCCUGAUUUUGGGCUUCCAAAUGCUAUCCAUGCCUUCCAAACAGCUGAGCGUAUCCGCCACGCACAUCCAGAUCUUGACUGGUUUUGUUUUGUUGUUGGUGACACCUUCCCAGUUGGCCGUGCAUUUAGUGAUAAAAUAGUGUUUGGUCGGGACAGCUUUGAAAACAACCCUGAUAUCAACAAUCCUCUAUACAACACCAAGUUGGGCAUGUAUGCAGAAAACUGUGGCUUAGACAAAGUGCUAAUGUCAUGGGGACAUGAUGAAUACAUGUACCGUGUCCUCUUGAACCAUGAGAAGUGCUCUCUGCCACAGGAGGCAUUGUACAUGGUGCGGUUCCAUUCCUUCUACCCCUGGCACACAGGCAAGGACUAUAACUACCUGUGUAAUGAACAGGACAUGAAGAUGACCCCAUGGAUAACAGAGUUCAAUAAAUUUGACUUGUAUUCCAAGAGUGAAGUCAUCCCAGACAUCGAAUCCUUGAUCCCAUACUUGAUUUUUGUCUUACAACAUAUGAAUUAGCAUCUGUGCUAUAUUUUUUCAAUCAUUUAAAGUUAAAAUUUCAAUAUCAUUCGCAAUAAUUAUCGUUGGAACACCUUACUAUUAUAAAAUUAAUAUGUGAAAAAAAAGCUCCGUAACAUUUAAAUGAUACAUAAUGCUUUAUUUCACUGGACUUGUGAAGAUUUUUUUGUCUAUAGCUACUUAUAUUUGUCUGAUCUUACCAUCCAAUAUUUCAUCUGCUUGC